UUUGGAUUUGGUUAACUCAUUUAAUGCCUUUCUGGAAAUGAAACAGGGAAAUCCCAACAUUUUAGACGUACUACUCAGAGGAUUACGUAAUCACAAGCUCGAGUUUUUAAACAGAUGUUUGUAAUCAGAAUGGAAAUCAGUAAACCAUAUAUUUGCUGUGAGUUUCAAACUUGAGAUCAUUCAGUUGAGGUUCGUAGUCUUGGGCAGACAUACAAGUUCAAGAUCAGUCUGGCAACCUAAAUACCAUAUGUUGGGCAAAAUGGCAAUCACAAACGACGCAGAAGAAGCGGAACACACAGUUCGAAAGGAGGAGGGCCGGAAAUGUUUUUAUUUGAAGAGAAUGAUUGGAGACUACAUAGAGACUUCUGUUCGCGUUGUGGCCACCGUGUUCCUGGCUGACUUUCUGCAGCGCCUGUACCGGUCUAUCGUCGAAUAUGUCCGCUAUAGCCGGUAUUAUCUGCCCGAAGACAGGGUGCAGACGAUCCUGCGGCGCUCGUUCACUUACAACAACAAGUCGAUCUACCUCCUGCUUGCGUUCCUUUUCUUGGCUCUCUCUCGAAUUUCGGUCACAGGGAACUUCAAGACUGUAGUGCCCACUGCCGUCUUCCUGGCCCAAAUGCCGCUGUACUGGAUCUUCAGCGACCUGGGCAGGAGCACGCUGAGCUAUUCUCACUGGAUCCGGGAAUCGCAUGGACUGGACUAUGCGUCCGGAAUGGCCUCCAAUUACUUUCACGGCUACCUAAAGCUCUCGCUGCCGGAACGCAAGGACGAUGGCCUGAAACACCGAAUGGCCCUUUACGAGGACAAGAACAACAUCACCUUCGGCAUAGACCGCUUGGUUAUUCUUAUUCCCGACGAAAUGUUUGUGAACGGCAUACUCGAAAGCGAUUUGCUGGAAAAAGCUGAUCCCCUGGAAACAAAGUUCAUUAAUCGGGCCGGCGUAAAUCGGCCCUUCAAGCACGCUGUCUACAGGAUGAAUAAAAAGGUUGACGGCAAACACUACUACUUUGCCAUCGAGGGCGCCACGCCCAUGCUUUCCUUUUUCGAAGCCAUGCAGUCAAACUUGUCGACCACUUGGCAGAUGCGCGAAUUGAAGCGGGAAAUCUGGCUAAAGUUUUACAAGCACUUGAAGGAGCUCGUUACGACAUGGCCUGAGACCCGCAACGAAGUAGAGCUUAUAAUCUAUAAAUCCCAUGAUGAAAGGGGAAAUCUGGUUGAAGUUGGCGAUUUGCUUAUAGCUCGAAUGGAAAAUAAAACCAAAAAUUUUGACAAUCCGAAAGUCUAAAAACUAAAGACAAAACUUAAGUUGCGAGAAAUUACUUUAAAUAUUCCUGAAAAAUAACCAUUCUCGACAUAUUAUGUAUAAGUAUGAUAGCAGCAAACUUUUUUACUUUUUAUAUACAUUUGUAUAACUAAAGAGAAUGUUGUGCGUAAUAAAUAGUUUUACUAACAGAA